CAAAAUGACAACCCCAAAAUACAACCUCCGCAACCCCCUCCCCCUCUCCGCCACCCAAGAAGCCGAAGUCAAACAAAUAUACUACAAGCGCGUACGAGGCCACUGCGCCCCAGAGAUCAAGGCCUUCGCCGAAUGCGCCGUCAACCGCACGGUAACCGCGACCUGGGUGUGCCGGACGCAGCGGCUGGCGAUGAACGCGUGCAUGCUGGCGCACGCCAAACCGGAGGAAGAGGACCGGGCGCGGGAGGAGUGGUUCGCGACGCACGAGGAGCGACGGCGCGCGGAGCAGGCCAAGCUGGAUGCCGUCGAGGAGCGGCGCGCGCAGGUCAUCUCGAUGAUGCGGGCGGAUGAUGAGCGGCGGCGGCGGGAGCAGCAACAACAAGAGGAGGAGGAGAAGGUGCGGCGGCAGCAGAAGUAGGCUGCGCCGGGGGAUGGAUGUUUUGCUUGCGUUGUGAGGUUGUUGGCUGUGGGUUGGGUUUUGGAGCGCGGGAGAUGGAGGUCAGUGUCCACCGUUGGUGCUGCAUGAGGAUAUGCGAUUGGGGCUCGCUUCAUGGGCGUUAUGUUGUGUGUCUUAUUUGACUAUGUUGUAUGAUAUGGCGUUUCAUGUUCUUUGGUUUUUUUGUUUGUGUCUGUCGUUGUAUGCAGGGUACCGUUUAAAGGGCAUAUUUGUACAUGUAUAGUAUGGACCGACCAGAGAGUGGCCGAGAGCUCGAGGAUAUAAAAGUGGUGGCAGGAAGCCGAAGCCGAAGUCGUG